UCUCUCCUCCUCUUUCUUCCCCACCCUGUUUUGGAUCCUGACAUCACUCAGGGAGGGAAUCCGGAGCCAGACCUGCAAAACAAGCCCCACUCUCUGCUAUUUUGGCGACCUGGAAUUGACUAAGUAACUUCUCCUAGAGUAGCUCCUUCCCCAGGCAAGAAGAAUGCUGAUCCUUUUGGCCUUCAUCCUCAUCUUCCACAUCACUUCCGCCGCCUUCCUCUUCAUCGCCACCAUCGACAGUGCCUGGUGGGUUUCAGAUGGAUUUUAUACAGAUAUCUGGCGGCGGUGUUUCAAUGCCUCAAACUGUACGACGCUUGACGACAGCUUCCCGGACUAUUCGUCGAUCCAGGCCAUCCAGGCCACAAUGAUUCUGUCCACCAUCCUUUGCUGCGUGGCCUUUUUCGUCUUCAUCCUCCAGCUCUUCCGCCUGAAGCAAGGCGAGCGCUUCGUCCUGACCUCCCUCCUCCAGUUCCUCUCAUGCCUCUGCGUCAUGAUCGCGGCCUCUAUCUACACCGACCGGCGGGAGGAGAUCCACAAGGGCAACAGCUUUGGCUUUUUCGAAGUCACGAGCGGCGAGUACGGCUACUCCUACAUCCUGGCCUGGGUCGCCUUUGCCUUCACCUUCCUCAGCGGGAUCAUGUACCUCAUAUUGAGGAAGCGCAAAUAAUGGACAUCUGGAUGCAGGGCUCUGAAACGCGAAGCAGGAGAGGGCCGAGGUCCUGCGAGAACCCACUGGAUCCCCCCUCCAAAAAAACUCCAGGAGGAUCGUGAUUGCGGUGCCAAAGACCCAGUCCAGAAAGAGCCUUCGCCAUUGAAACAAAACCUGCCUCUUUUAUUUGUACAUACAGUAGUGAAAGGGUCACAUCUGAGAGCAAAACAGCCAGUCGCGCAACAGAACCUGAGAACUCUGCCAAAUCUUCCUUCAACAUAAGAACACUGACCGCCGGCCAGCAACCAACCCAUGUUUCUGAUUGCCUUUGCAUCAUCAUCUUGGCCUGGAAUAAUCCAGAAGAAAGGCCUUUCGAACUCAGCACCCAAGAGACCUGCCAGGCCUUCUGGAUUUUGGACUAUCCCCCCCCCCCAAAAAAAAAUGGCUAGCUUUAACUCUACCGACUGUGCCUCUAUUGUUUUGUAUUAUAUAUAUAUAUAUAUAUACCCCUGGUGUAUAUGGAAAUAAAAGUUACCAAGAACAAGGUA